CUGGGUUAAAUGAUCCGAGGGAUUUCUUAACAGUCAUAGGGAAAAGAUAGUUUCUACGCCUUUUUGGAGAGGCAUCAUUGCUGGUUCCGAUUGUGUGUUACUUGCUAGACGCGGAUGAUCUCGUUCCAUACAACCAACAAAAGUAAACUUUAGGGCCAAUAUGUGGGCUAUAAAGGAGGAAGGUUGCACGCAUAUUUUGGCCUCUCGGCCUGUAGAUCUCUAAGCCAGAAAUUGUACCGGCCGCUUUGUGUUCCUCGAUCCGGUCAUUGAUCGGACGACUAAGGGAGUUAUACCACUGUUUCUUUCUCUUGUUUAUUUUAGGAAGCAGUGACCUUUACAUUACUAUCUUUAGAAAUAUUAUUCUACCGUACUUCUCUCUUUCCACUAAAAGGUGCUAUUUAGGCUCCUCUUUUUACUUUCUUUAUAAGGUACAAACGUUCUAUGAUGGAGUGGUAGUGCAUCCGCGUGCAAUUUGCCAUCUUCCUCUUGCAAAUUCCUUUUAACGAAAUACUGCGAGAGGUCUUUAAAGAAAGCGGCGCGCGCUUGGAUGUUCCCCACCACACCGAAAGUCGAGACCGUAUCGCUCGUGAGAAGGGGACGUUAUCAACAUCCCGAAGUGAUUCUGGUUAACAAGGAUGGAGGGGUCUUGGCUACAGAUUACGACUGCUGGCGUAGUGAAAGGUGUCGUCGGAAAUAGUCAUGGCAACGCUACGCAAGGACUCGGAAAACUGAAAACAGCUGAUUUCAGUCGUCAUUCCUUGAAGGGCCACCAUCGCUUGGUCACAAGACACCAAGUGGCUAAAGAUACUUGCAACUCUUCCGUUAUGCUUCCGUUCAUAAAAGAAUUACAAUCAUACCUAAGUAAAGUUUUCAGCUCUAAAAAUUUUAAACGACUGCUCUCUGUUUCGGAUCAUAUAAACCGAGCCUCAAACCUUUUUAACACAAGGAAAGAAAAACCAGACAUACAAAAACAGAAGAAAACAGCCGCGGGCUUUAACUUACUGUCGGUUUACUUCAGUGAGGGUUUAGUUCAAGACGUGUGGUUGUCGAUUUUUUCCCCUCCAUUGAGCGGUUAGGACUCGAGCUCUAGGCCGCGAACCCACCAUAGAGAGGCGUAGAGGUUUCCUAGAGUCUACAGGGCAGUGAGAUACUGAUCAAUGCGCGCGGUCCCCUGUCAUCUAGUCCCCUGCACUGGAAAUUCGUAGAGGGAUCAACAAGGAGCAUGCGACAGUCACUGACCCUAGGCCCCCCUAGAGGUAACUCCGGGAAAGUAAAUUUGGGUGGCACCAACAUCCAUUUGUCACUGCGCAAGCAAGUUAGCUUGGAGUAAUUUCAUUUUCUCAAACUCUUGGUCUGUUACACUGCAUACUAUGUCAAAAAAUGGACGCCCACCUCAAGGGGGCAGGGAAUCAAUAAUCAAGAAGUAAGAACUAAUUGCUUUGGAAAAACAUUUGCUUACACUCUGAAUGGCAUAAUGCGACGCAGAAAACGGCCUUAUAUAAUUGUCUAUUAGGCUAUGGCUAAUGCUUAUGGAACCUUUCAUAGUUACUAUGAACUUCUGAGGUUUGAGUUGUACAGCGAAGAGCUUAAAGGUUUGAAUUAUACGGUAGAUACCCUGUCUAGUAUAAUCUGG